GCCAUCUUGUGUCCACUGGUCUUCUCUGCGAGGCGAACAGUAAGCGGAUAACCAGCCUCCCCAAGUAAAACAGGCUUUCAGUUGUUCUCAUUUUUAGUAUUAAGGUCCCGUGCUUGCUGUCCUGAGGCUUUGUGUUUCCUGCUGCAGAUCUCUCUGAGGACUGAUGGCAUUUUUCAGACAGAAAGACAGGCAGGCAGCCCUCCACCCCGCUGAUAAAGACACGAUGGACUGGUCGUCGUCCUCCACCUCCAGCUCCAUGGCGAGCAGCAACGUGACCAACAAGACCGACCCGCGCUCCCUCAACUCCCGCGUCUUCAUCGGCAACCUGAACACCCUGCUGGUGACCAAGGCCGACGUGGAGGCCAUGUUCUCCAAGUACGGGAAGAUCGUGGGCUGCUCCAUCCACAAGGGCUACGCCUUCGUCCAGUACCCCAACGAGAGGAACGCCAGGGCCGCCGUGGCCGGGGAGGACGGUCGGAUGAUCGUCGGGCAGGUUCUAGACAUCAACCUGGCAGGUGAGCCGAAGCCUCGCCGGUCGAAGACCACCAAGCGACCAUCAGGAGACAUCUACAGCUCGUCCUUUGACUUGGAUUAUGAUUUCCAAAGAGAUUACUACGACAGAUUGUACCCCUACCAGUCCCGGGUGCCCCCUCCUCCCCCGCCGCCGCUGUCCCGCGCCGUGGUCCCCUCCAAGCGUCCCAGGGUCAGCCUGAGCAGCGGGGGGAGCCGGAGGAGCAAGACCACCUUCUCCUCCGCCGCCUCCAAGAGCAGCCAGAGGGUCUCCCGCACAAUGAGGACGGACGAUCUGCAGACCAUCAAGAGAGAGCUGACGCAGAUCAAACACAAGGUGGUCUACCUGCUGGACAGCUUGGAGCACAUGGAGAAGGAGCACAGCAAGAAGUCCGAGAUGAAAAGCCCCAAGCCGGAGCCCGGUGAGGUGUCUCCGCUGCACUCGUCCACCUCCAGCAAGAGGGAGGGCAGCCUGAAGAGAGCCAGGGAGAGCCAGGAGCUGGACGACUCCGAGGAGGACGGGGACCUGCUGGAGGACGAGGACGAGGUGAAGAGCAGAGGGCGAGACGAGGAAGAGCAGGAGGAAGGGGAGGACGACGGCGACAGCAGCAACGAGGACGAGUCCUGAACGGGUCACGCGGGGAAAGCUGCACAAAACCAGCUGUGUACGCAGAGUUUCUCCACACCGCAGUUAUGUGCUCAUCGCUGCCCAACUUAGAGUUUUCUGUUGUUUUUUUUUACACAUUGCUGUAGAUAUCACUUCCCACAGCUUCCCAAAGAGGUGAAGUCCUUUUUUUAUAUAUAUAUCCUUAUUUAAGACACACAUUUCCUGUUUGUUCUGAGCGGCCCUCUGCUGCUUGUAGACGAGCGGCGUGUCAGAAAGCGUGACCUGGUCAGAUGAUGGAUGUUGAUUAUGUCAUUAUUGAGAAGUGCUCUGCGUUUGUUUUACCCGUAGCACCAGAUGAGUUCUGAGUGACUGGUGUUCUGGUUGCAGGUCGGAAACCCACCCGUCACAUAUUUAGAUGAACUGUUUACUCAAAGUCUGAGUUUAGGAAGCUCUCACCUGGACGUGUCAGCGGGGCUAACCUGUGUGUUUUUCCUACGUCUUCUUCGGUUGUUCAUUAUGUGAAUGUUUAGUUUGACUGUGUUGACUUGAAGAAUAUAAGUGAGUCGAGUUUAAUGUAAACUUUGAUAGAAAACGGUGGCUUCCCUUUUCUUAAAUCCAUUUAAAAGAAAUCCCGCGUAACGCUGUGUCCCUACCAGCAGGUGGCAGCAUGCGCCAGCCGCAACACAACAACGAGCUGUUUGUGGUUUGCUCCUCAGACAAUCUUGCCUAAUUUCUUCUGCUAAGAUUAAAAACAGGAUGACGCACAAACCCCCCCGCCUCUCUACAGGACUGCUGUUUGUUUUAAACGUCUGUCGUUAAUAAAUCGUCUCAGUGACGGCGGGUGAGGCGAGGCACCGAGGCCUCUGGAGUGUCUGGUACAAAUAUAUGAACCCAAAACAGACACACCUUUCAGUUUUGACCUGGAGUGAAACAUUUAGUUGUUUUAAAAGCUUUUAUUGAUCCUUUAAUCAAUUUGAUACUGUUCAUCAAUAUGAUGGCAAGAAAAGCAAAAGAAUAUUUAAUAUUGGUCAAAUUUUAUGUUUUCGUUGUUUUUUUUUUUUGGAGGGGUUGAGCUGAUCCCUCUUUUUUAUUAAAAUUAAAAGUUGUGUAUGAUUUUUUUUUUUACCUUUUAUUUGUAUUUGAAGUCUAUGUUCCUAUUAACAUUUCCAUCAAUCGGUUGUAAAAAAAAAAAAAAAAAAAAAAACGAAAUCACCAAGGUGGAGAUCCUGUCUAGAUCGUCCUGUCCUGACUGUAUGUUUUUAGUCUUUUCAAUCAGGAGAAAAUAAGUGAAAAUAAAAAGGCAAGCAAUGCAGCAAAAGAUGGCCUCUUUUAGCACAGCCAGUCUUUCCGCUACGUGUUUGAAACAGACAUUUGAGCUCUGGAGUCGCCCUCCUCUCUCUGAUAAAUCUUGUUUAGACUGAAAAUCCAGUUUAAUAAAUGAUUUUGUUUUGAAAUCAUCCGUUUUGUCAGUAAAACAUUAAAUGAGUACCAUUAGAUUUGCCGGUGCAGCACCCACACCCUCUGUGGAAGAGCAACGCGUUUCUGUCCAUUGUUCCUAUUUGUCUCAGUACUGCCCCCUAUCAGUGCAGAACGGUACUUUUUGCCUCAUCCUGUGACUUUUCACAGCACAUUUAUGGCCGAUUACAAAGACUAAAGAUGUCACUUUUAACAGAGGAUUUCAGAGAGACUGUGUAACGAGAGCAUGUGACGUAUGUGUGUAAUUAAACGUUAACUACAGAGAGACAGCACUGGGCAUGUAACAACUGCAUGCAUCAGUUUGAGCAACACCGCGCCAUUUGAGCUGAAGUACAGCCUCACUUCGCCCUCCUCCCAUGCAAUUGAACAGGCACUGUGGAUAUUCCGUGAUUUAGAAAUAACACUGAAUUUAUAGAUCGGUCAAGUGGACAAAUAGAUUUUUGCUUAUUGUUAGUACUUUGCUUGUUACGAUGACAGCCGAGGCACUGCUUCACCUUUCUCUCCUAACUGCGUCACUGGCCGACCUCGAUUUGUUCGCCUCUUUCUUUUUUUUUAUACGUUCACAUGUAUGUUUCGUACUUGACUUCACAGGCAAAUAAACAUGUUUAUGUGUUAUCCUUUUU